CAUUCAUUCCAUUAUCGCCAUAUUUUAUUUACGUGUUUUAUCGUCGUAGAGUUUUUGUUCUUUGUGCAUAUUCUCCAGAAAAUCCUCUAUUCAGCACAAUGGAGGACCAAGGAGGAAGUUCUGCCCCUAGGGUUAGCGAUAAGCGACUGGCUCAAACGCAAGCAAAAGUAGACGAAGUUGUGGGGAUAAUGCGUGUCAAUGUUGAAAAAGUUUUAGAGAGAGAUUCUAAAUUAUCGGAGCUCGAUAAUCGAGCUGAUGCUCUGCAACAUGGUGCCGCCCAGUUCGAGCAACAGGCUGGUAAGCUGAAGAGGAAAUAUUGGUGGCAGAAUUUGAAGAUGAUGUUGAUCAUCGGUGCGAUCGCAGCCGUGGUUCUUAUCAUCAUCAUCGUUUGGGCCACAUCUGGUGGGAACUCCUCCGCCCCUGCUCCUGCCCCUGCCCCUCCCGCGAUCACUGAGAACCCGCCAGGCAGGCGAUAAUCGCCAGGAGCCGUUGUACGCGUAAGAAGUUCACUAUCAAUACCUUGAUGUUGUACUUUAUCAGACGGAUUUGUUUCAAGACUAAAACUUGACUGAGCUUGAAGUUUAAUCCCAUUCAAUCACACCCCUUCCAAAAAUACAGGACAUGAGCAUUAUGCCAUUUAUAUUUACAAUAUAAAGUAUAUUUUGUAUUGUAUUAUGUAGGUUUUUAUUGUCAUAAAAAUUUAUUGCAUUUUGAUAACAUUCUACAAAAUUCUACAUGUAUAUA